AUGGCAUCCUCGGAUUCUAUUCCAGUUCUCACCAUCUCACUUGCUCGCCACCUCGUCGGCCACAGCAUCACCGAGGUCCUAGAGCAACAAUGGGACCCCGCCAAAGUCCCUACCUCGACCACCUCUCGCUUCUCGAACGUCGGCUUCGAUCUGGAUGUCAACGGCGCCAAUCUUGAAGACCUGAGGAAGGUACUGGCAGAAAGGCAAUGGAGCGGCAUUAUAGUUGGAUGGUGUACGCGCGGUCACGUUGAAUUUACCGAACUUUUUGAGUCGGUUGUGGCUAUUUGCGUUGACUACAUUGUCGAGAGGAAGCAAGGAAAUGCUUCUGCCAAGGAGCCCAAGCUCAUAUUUUGCCGUGGUGCAGACGAUGUGGUUAAUGCUACGCUACGCAACUUUCCCUUGGAGGAUUAG